AUGCGGCCGCGCUGCCUGCCUCCCGCGGUCCCCGACCGCCGUCUGACGCGCCCCGAACGCAAAGGACGAGAGCGCGACGACGCGCGCGCGGCGGCCGACCCGACGCGCCGCUCCUCUAGGUACCCCUACAUGAACGGGCGCCUGCACCUGGGCCACGCCUUCUCCCUGACCAAGGCCGAGUUCGCGGCGUCGUUCAAGCGGCUCCAGGGCUACAACGUGCUCUUCCCCUUCGGGUUCCACUGCACGGGCAUGCCCAUCCAGGCGGCGGCGAACAAGCUCAAGGGCGAGGUCGAGGCCUACGGGAACCCGCCCGUCUUCCCCGGCGCCGCCGAGGCCGCCGCGGCGGCCGAGGCGAAGCAGUCGGCGAAGGUCGACGACCUGGAGAAGGAGAUGGCCGCGCUCGGCAAGAAGGGCAAGGCCAAAAAAGCCAAGGUCCAGUCCAAGGCCGCGGGCACGUCCUACCAGUGGCAGGCGUUGGAGAAGAUGGGCAUCGAGCCGUCGGAGAUCGGCGCGUUCGCGGAGCCGUUCAAGUGGUUGGACUACUUCCCGCCCUACGGCGUCGCGGACCUGAAAUUGUUCGGCACGUCCAUCGACUGGCGCCGGUCCUUCAUCACGACGAACAAGAACCCCUACUACGACUCCUUCGUGCGCUGGCAGUUCGAGAAGUUGAAAGCCGCGGGCAAGAUGGCCUACGGCAAGCGCGCGAACGUCUACGCGGUCAAGGACGCGCAGUGCUGCGCGGACCACGACCGCGCGUCCGGCGAGGGCGUCGGCCCCCAGGAGUACACGCUGAUCAAGCUCGAGGUCGCCGAGCCCAAGCCCGCGUGCCUCGCGGCCUGCGGCGGCGCCAAGGUCUACCUCGUGCCCGCGACGCUGCGCCCGGAGACGAUGUACGGCCAGACGAACUGCUACGUGCUGCCCGAGGGCGCCUACGGCUGCUACCGCCAGGCGUCGGGCGACGUCUUCGUCAUGUCGAAGCGGUCCGCCGUCGGGCUGGCCCACCAGGGCUCCUUCGCGAAGAACGACAACGGGCCGGACGUCUUCUCCGGCUACGCGCGGACCUGGGGCGCCGUCGACCAGGUCGGCGCCGACUUCAAGGGCCAGGACCUGAUCGGGUGCCCGCUGAAGGCGCCGUUGGCCACGUUCCCCGUCGUCUACGUGCUCCCGCUGACGACGAUCUCGAUGACCAAGGGCACGGGCGUCGUCACGUCCGUGCCCUCGGACGCGCCCGACGACUGGAUCGCGCUCCACGAGCUGAAGCACGACGAGAAGCUCCGCGCCAAGUUCGGCGUCAAGGAGGAGUGGGUCGCGCCCUUCGACGUCGUGCCCAUCAUCAACAUCACCGUCGCGGGCUCCGAGGACGGCAAGAAGGAGUCCUGGAGCUCGGACAAGUCGGCCGAGUACUGGUGCGAGAAGCUCGAGAUCACGUCGCAGAAGGACCAGGCGAAGCUCAAGCUCGCCAAGGGCGAGACGUAUUUGAACGGCUUCAACUACGGCGUCAUGCUCGUCGGCGGCCACAAGGGCGAGCGCGUCGAGGCGGCCAAGCCGCUCGUCAAGGCGGAGCUCGUCGCGUCCGGCGACGCGCUGCUCUACUUCGAGCCCGAGUCGCCCAUCGUGUCGCGGUCGGGCGAGGACUGCAUCGUCGCGCACACGGAGCAGUGGUACCUCAAGUACGGCGAGCAGGAGUGGCGCGACAAGGUCGUCGCGCACGUCGACGGCGUCUUCGAGGCCUACAACCCGGAGUGCCUCGCGCGCUUCAAGUACACGCUCGGCUGGAUGAAGGAGUGGGCCUGCUCGCGGCUCUUCGGCCUCGGCACGCGCAUCCCCUGGGACGACGCGUGGCUCAUCGAGUCGCUCUCCGACUCGACGAUCUACAUGGCCUACUACACGGUCUGCCACGUGCUCCAGGGCUUUGGCGCGACGAACCUCGACGGCGCCGAGCAGGGCGCGGUCGCGCCCGAGAUGAUGACGGCCGCGGUCUGGGACUACGUCUACGUGACGGGCGCGCCCCACCCGGCGGCCGUCGACGGGUCCUGCGCCGUCCCCGACGACCUACUCGCAAAAAUGCGGGCCGAGUUCCAGUACUGGUACCCCAUGGACCUGCGGGUCUCGGGCAAGGACCUCAUCGGCAACCACCUGACGAUGUGCCUCUACAACCACGCGGCCAUCUGGCCCGACGAGGCGGCCACGCGCUGGCCCCGGUCCAUGUACACGAACGGCUUCGUGCUCCUCGACGGCGAGAAGAUGUCGAAAUCGACGGGCAACUUCCUCAUGCUCGACGAGGCCUGCGCGCUCUACUCCGCCGACGCGGUGCGCUUCGCGCUCGCGGACGCGGGCGACUCCCUCGAGGACGCCAACUUCGAGCGGAAGCGCGCCGACGGCGCCAUCAACAUGCUCUACGUCGAGGAGGAGUUCGCGCGCAAGGCGACGGGCCGCCACGCGGACCCCCUCGAGCUCCGGCCCGCCGACGCGCCGCGCGACGCGUACAUGAUCGACACGGCCUUCGCCAACGAGAUGGCGUCGCUGGCCGCGGAGACGCUGGCCUGCUACACGGCCAUGCGCUGGCGCGACGGCAUCCAGGCGGGCGCGUUCGGGCUCCAGCUCGCGCGCGACGCGUACCGCGACUGGUGCGUGCGGUCGUCCGUGCCCAUGCACGCGGGGCUGCUGGCGGACUACGUGGCGCUGGAGUGCGCGCUCAUCGCGCCGGUCUGCCCCCACUUCGCGCACCACGUCUGGUUCGACGUGCUCGAGAAACGGGAGCCUUUGACGUGGCCCGCCGCGGCGCCCGUCGACAAGGCGCUGAACCGGUCCUACGGCUUCCUCAAGGGCACGGCGCGGUCCCUGCGCCUCGACGCGGCCAAGGAGCUCAAGGCGCUCAAGGGCAAGCCGCCCGCGGGGGGCUACGUCUACGUCGCUUCCGUCUACCCCGAGUGGCGCAAGGCGGUGCUCAAGCUCGCGCGCGACGCGUGCGCGGCCGCCGGCGGCGCGCUCAUCGAGAAGAAGGCGCUCCUCGGGGCGCUCAAGGGCGCGGGGUCGCCCUUCGCCAAGGGCGGCGCCUUGGAGAAGCAGGCCAAGUUCGCGAUGCAGUUCGGGAGUUUCAUGCACGACUACGCCGCGGAGGUCGGCCUCGACGCCUUCGACGACACGCUGCCCUUCGACCAGGUCGCCGUGCUCAAGGAGUCCCAGGACUACCUCUCCAAGUGCAUCAUGUCCGGCCAGCUCCUCCCCAUCGAGAUCGUCGACCUCGAGAACACGCCGAGCCCGCCGGGCCCGGAGAAGAAGUACGCCAACGCGAGCCCGGGCAAGGUCACCAUGCACCUCUACGCCUAG